UAUGUACUGAUAAUAUGCUUAACAAAAGUUUUCUGGCUCGGGAAACUGCUUUACAAUUGCUGACCAGGACUCGUACAGUUUUAUUGCAGUCGUUGCUUUGGCGGGGGAAACGGCUUGCAACAUUUUUCUGCGCAAACCAUUUACUUGCCCUGCAGUCCCGCUGAUUUUGUAGCAUCGGCCCUGCUCUCAUCUCUCAAGAUACCCAUUCAAUUUUAUUUCCCUUUCUCUCUACUCCGUAGAGGCAUGGGUCUUCCGAAUGCCACACGCCCUUACAGGGACGAUGCGCCCCUCCCCUCUUCUGCUUCCGCUCACUCUCUCCAGCCAUAUCAGGACUUGGAGCCGGAAGAUAGCCCCCCAGCCUACAUGGAAGAAGACGCUGCAGCCGUCGUUCAGCCUGUCUCUAUCAUCACAGGACCCAACGAUCUCUCCUCGGUAACCCGCCUAGUGAGCUAUUACGAUAUCCCGGGCGGGCGAGUAAUAUCCUCUUCACGCGCCAAGAAGACCUACACGGUGACUCUGGCACCAGAACUCUCUCAGGACCCCGAAGCACUUAGUACGCUGGUUAAAUGUCAGGUCCAACGCCCGCCCAUGCCCGUGAUCGUUGUCAAGGGCACGCAUACGGUGACGAGGAAAAAUUCAGGGUCGAAUAAAGGGGGAUCCAAUAAGGAGACGGUUGUGGAUUUCGAUUUUCGCAUAAACUGUAUCAAUUCUGUCCUGCCGGAUGUUUUUACCUCCGGGAAUCGGUCUCGGUUUGUGGAGAUUGUUCAGGAUCAGGAUGGGAGAAAGGCCUAUAGGGGCGGGAGGUUUAAAAGUAAGGGUGCUAAUAAGAAGAGAGGGAGUUCCGGUGCCAAUCCAGGUCCGGAUCUUGAGGAGGCUCAGGGGUUGACGGCCGACAGUGGCGGACCCGAUCUGAAGGAGUGGUGCAGGCGGUUCUGCGAGGAUAAGUCGGGUGUUAAGUCCUUCACCUUCCACCGCACCUUCGAAGCCUGGAACUACACCGCCAUCCAAAAAGGCAUCACAACCCUAAUCCGCUCCCUCAACUACCGCGGCCGCAUCUCCAUAGAACUCCACACCCACAACGCCCACUUAACCGUCUACUCCCCCUCCCUCAUCAACAAACUGCGUAUAAACACCUUCGUCUGGUGGGCUUGCAUCAUCCUCCAACUCUGGAUCCUCACCUGGCCCCUCCUCAUACUGCUGGAGAAGCGCUACGAACCCGUCACGGCCACCUGGUACGCCUGGUACAACGAGCAACACGCGUGCGGCCUUAGCGAGGCGAUGUGGUUAAAUGUUUUCACGCCGGUUAUUAAGCGAUCGGUGCUGGCGCGGGCGAAGGAUGGCGAGAUGGUAGGGCUCGAGGAGGCACAGGGGGCUGUGUAUGAGGCGGAGAGAGUGGCCCGUGGUGAAGUUGGGAGUACGGAGUCGGAGUCGGAGAGGGAGAGGAGGGAGAGGAUGCAGAGGGGCCAGGGGAGUUGGACAGAUUCUUUGGUGGGAGUGGUGAGGGGGGUGGCGGAGGUAGGGAGGGAGUAUAACCAGGCUGUUGGGUGGGGUGGAGAUUGCUGAUUGCUCAAGGUUUACUAUAACCGUUCCGCUUUCUUCGUGAUCGUUAUGCGGAUUGGCUGCUACCUAGGCAUGUGUAGGUGGAUAUAUUCUCAUAUUGUAAUCAUCUGAUAUUUAUUACGUGGUCCAUAUUUGUGGUAUAUAUGCAUUAAGUAUUUUCGAUUUAUCUGCGUUGAGGGGGACUUGUUAAGUGUAACUAUCUGAUCCUACAUAUUCAAAUGCAAGCGAUAAGGCAACUAAACAAGACAAGAUGUUCAUUUAAUGCAUCCGGAUACAUUCGAGGAUAUUCCCUUUUAUCUAUAAAUGUGAUGAUAUACCUUCGCUACUAAAGAAUC